CCUAAUAUCGCAUUCAGUGUACUGUCUGUAUGGAUACGAAACAGAAUCGCGCUGACAACAAGAAAGAUUUUUGUUAUUCCUCCCGUGAUAAAAUACUCAAUUUUCGAGCAUUUUAUUUGCAAUUUAAUUUAGAAAAUUGAAACAGUGGAGUGAGGUAUUUUCGGACAAAAUUCAGUGAUUCAUUCGUACUUUGAGUAGCAGCCGUGUUAUUAAUCAGCAGGUGAUUUUUCACUCUACAGGUUUUGUGAAAUAAAAAUUAAAUCCUGUCUUGAAGAUGAAUGCUUGACUUGUACCGCACAACUUUGGGUGAAACUGCGAUGGCAUACUUGAGGCAUGGUGGAAUAUUUGGUGUGUCGAAAAUUCUAUGUAGAUUUUCGACAGAAGCAACCCAAAUCCUUACCAGAUCGUUAGAAAAUUUUGCGGAUGUUACGCCAGACUUUGAAUGGAACGAUGCCAAGCCUUACACGGAAAUUCCUGGGCCAAAGCCUGUGCCGUUUCUUGGCAAUACAUGGCGAUUUUUACCUUACAUAGCCACAAGAUUAAAUGACUUUUCUCUGACUUCCCGGGUUUUCCUUGACCUCUGGCCACCAUGUAAAACCACUGACAACUACACUUUGGGAAAGAUACCGCAGUGUAUUGGCGAUUUCAAAAUCGAGGAGGUCGACAAGGUUUCGAAACGCCUGCACAAAAAAUACGGUAAUGUGGUAAAAAUCGGGGGUCUUCUGGGUCGUCCGGACAUGGUUUUUUUGUACGACGCUGAUGAAAUUGAGCGGGUUUUUCGCAGCGAGGAAAAAAUGCCUCAUCGCCCGUCCAUGCCUUCCUUAAACUACUACAAACACGUCUUGCGCAAGGAUUUCUUCGGCGAAGAUGCCGGGGUCAUUGCAGUGCACGGCGAGAGUUGGUAUAAUUUUCGGAGCAAGGUGCAGCAGGUGAUGCUACAGCCGCGAACUGCUAAACUUUACAUCGGUGCAGUCCAAGAAGCAAGCGAAGCUUUUGUUCAAAGAGUGAAAAAAGUACGAAAUUACAAGGAUGAAACGCCCGACCAUUUUCUAAACGAAAUUCACAAAUGGUCCUUGGAGUCUAUAGCUCGUGUGGCUUUGGACGUAAGAUUGGGGUGCCUGGACGACGACGCGCCCUUGGAGACGCAGGAGCUGAUCGACGCGGUGAAUGUAUUUUUCAAAAACCUCGGUGUCCUCGAGCUGAAGGUCCCAUUUUGGAAACUAUUCAACACUCCUACCUGGCUAAAAUACGUAAAAGCCCUGGAUACGAUAGUCGAAAUUACCUCGAAGCACACCAAUGCCGCGCUGGCAAGAACGAAAACGAAAGAAAUCACGGGGGAUGUGGGAAGUGAACCUUCGUUACUGGAAAGAUUGCUGGCCAUGGAUACGGGGGUUAAAAUCGCGACCAUUCUAGCUCUGGAUCUAUUCUUAGUAGGAAUAGACACAACUUCAAACGCGGUCGCAUCCGUUAUUUACCAGCUCGCAUUACACCCGGAGAAGCAGAGAAAACUUUAUGAAGAAGUUUCAACGGUUCUGCCUCCCCCGGGAAAAUCAAUUGAGGCUAAACACGUGGAAGAGAUGAAAUACCUGAAGGCCUGCAUCAAAGAAACCCUGAGAAUGUAUCCAGUUGUUAUCGGGAACGGACGAUGCAUGACAAAAGAUACCGUGAUCGGGGGUUACCAAAUACCAGAAGGUGUCCAAAUAGUAUUUCAACAUUACGUGAUCAGCAAUCAGGAUAAAUAUUUUCCCGGAAGUGAAGAAUUUCUUCCUGAGAGAUGGAUGACAGGACGUGAUUUUAAUCACGGAGUAAAACACGCCUUCGCUUCUUUGCCGUUUGGUUACGGACGUCGAAUGUGUUUGGGAAGGCGAUUUGCGGAGUUGGAAAUGAUUAUUGUUCUUGCUAAGGUCAUACAAUCAUUCAAGCUUGAAUACCACUACGAUAAACUAGAUUAUCAUAUUGAUCCAAUGUACACACCGAACGGGCCACUUAGAAUUAAGAUGAUCGACAGGUAAUCAAUAAAUUAUGCCUGUACUAAGUAGGUAGCGUUCAACCUACUUUGAACGAAAAAAGUGCGGCUAUACAUGUAUAGAAAGUUGAAAUUUCCUACUGAUUAAGAGUUCAACAAAGAAUAGAGUUUUUGUAUUUGGAACACAUUUAGUUAUUUAAAUGACAAGUUGUAGAUUAAGGGUGUUCACUGCAGUGGAAAAUAAAGUGAGAUUAAAUAGGA